AUGGCUUCCACUGUCUCGACCAUUGUAAAUUAUCUAUCUUCUUCUAGUAUUCCAUCACUCUCUAGUCCUAUAAAUGCUCUUAAUCAGGCCGCCCCUACCCUCCCAUAUAAUAUUUUUACGCUAUGGUUGUUCAUCAAAUCAGACAUUGUUGGAAUUAUCAUGCCAAUUGUUGCUUUCGCUACAUUUAUUACCAGCAACACCUCACCGAUAAGGGCCGCCAAAGCUUUCACUUUCGUCACACUUCAUCUUCUCCAAUUCUGCAUAUCAAACCAAAGUCUCUCUCCCGAAGAGGAUGCGAAGAAUAAACCCUGGAGACCUAUUCCGGCCGGGCGCUUGUCGGUCAGGAGUGCAUUGAUCUUGCGCUGGUUCAUGUUGCCGGCAUGCCUUUUGUUAUCGGCAGCCUUCGGCGUUCUCGAUGUCGGUAUUGUGAUGUCAACGGCAAUUUUCUUGCACAACGAGUGUGGCUACGACGCGCACUGGUUCCCAAGAACAGCCCUUAAUGCGAUUGCAUACACCACAUUCGAUACUGGUGCCAUCCUUAUUUCAUUGGGAGAUCGCGACAAGAUUUUCGAGGCCAAAACUCUCCUGCCAUUGGUUAUCAAUGCUUCGAUCAUCUUGACCACCAUCCAUGCUCAGGACUUCCGGGACCUCAUCGGUGACAUCCAAGAAGGUCGCAGCACCAUUCCGAUUGUCCUUCCCAAAUCCAGCAGGGCUUCUAUGCCUGUACUCCUGGUAGCGUGGAUGGCCGUCCUCAUGGCAGUGCACCAAGAGUGGAACGUUGUUGACUGGGCAGCUUUGGCUCUCGGCACCGUGGUCGGCCUUCGCUUCUAUUUCAUUCACGAGGCCGCAGCGGAUCAGACCUCAUACACUUUAUACAACGUCUGGCUGAUUGUCGUUCGAGUGGCACUUGUCCUAGCUCAAGAUAGUAUCACCUCGGCUGGGCCGAAAGCCGGGUGGAUUGAUCUGCUCCCCAAUGAAGUGGGAACCCAGUUGUUCAAGCAAAUCAAUACCACCGGCAGCGUCUUCCCCAAGUUCGAAUUUUAA